AUGUUCGCCCUGGUGAGAUACGGAGCCGACUGCCAAGCGAUGGUGAACCUGCACUGCCGGCUCCUCAUCCUCGUGGCCCACCUGAAGAGGAAGUGUCAGUGCAGACCAGAAGACAACAUCGAUCUUCUGGAUGAAUCAGGGGCUCUCAUGAACCUGAGCAAAGCAGAGAACUCUGCAUCUGAAUUGGCCAGUAAAUACCUGCGGGAAAGACAGCGCUACAUCCUCAUCAAAGUCACCCGAAAAGAAGACACUGAAUCCACCUGCUACGAGUCCCUGCUGGAGAACCUGGGGAAACACUACCCUGAGCUCGCAGCCCUGCUGCAGAAGCUGUCAGCAAGCCCCCAGCUGCGAGAGCAGUGGCAGAGGGGCCCCACGCAGAGGAGGGCUCAGUCCCACAGCACCCCGGCCAGGCCCCGGGCCACCCCGCAGCGCAGGAGCUCCGAGCUGAGGGGCGCCCCGAGGUGA